UGAUGUUGUUGGCAUCGGCUGAAGGAAGAGGGGAAGCAAAUUCAAUGCAAGGUCGAGAAGGCAGUAUACGGACUGAAAGCCGACAGAGAAGAUGGAGUUCAACACUAGAAGUGGAGGUCUUCCGGAAUGAUGGCAUCCACUUAAAAGCAAACCAUGUGUACAAUCACAAGGCGAGUCCUAUGAUGUUUUGAUCGUCUCCCAUACUUUCGGAAAGAAGAAGGAAACGAGGAAGAAAUUCUGGGAGCAAAAGAUCUGGCUCACCAAUGAGAUAAUUCACUACCCAACUGUUGAUAAGAUUGAUCUAGCAUGACAAGAAGAUGAUGAUG